CAGUCCUCCGGCAGACCGGAGCCCAGACGCACAGGAGCGCGUCGCCUCUCGUCUGUCACCGGUGGAACAACUUCUUGGUACUGGAGAAAAGAAAGCUUUUUUAUUUUCUAUUUUUUAUUUUCCUGUCCUCAUUUGAAUUCGCACGCUAUUUUGAAUCUCGGAAGACAAAUGACGCGAGGGAAAUAGCGAGAAGAGGAGGAGGAGGAGGAGGAAGAAAAAGUGAGGGCGCGAUCUCCAUCGGCACCAGUUCACCCUUCUUCUUCUCACACCGUCUCCCCUCUGCGCGUCCGGGCGUCCGGCCAACGAGAGAUGAAAAGCUGCCAAUGAGCGAAUGCUACGGAAAGCACUAGGCCAUGGCUGCCCAUCGAAUCGUGAGAGUGACAAACAACAACCACGUCCUCCCUCGCUGUAAGUCUGAGGGAACACUCAUUGACCUCAGCGAAGGGGUCACCGGGGCCAGUCUCAAUGAUGUCAAAGUGCCUUCUCCCAGUGCCUUAAGGCUGGACACUUCAUCCUCCUAUGGAGCUGCACAGGAAGUGGUUGCCAUAAAGGAUUACUGCCCCAGCAGCUUCACCACACUGAAAUUCUCCAAAGGUGAUCGCCUCUAUGUGUUGGACACGUCAGGUGGCGAGUGGUGGUAUGCCCACAACAACAUGGAGAUGGGCUACAUCCCAGCUGCUUACGUCCAACUGGUCAACGUCAGGAACUCUUCGCUUAGCGACAGCGGGAUGAUCGACAGUCUCGGUGAGGGAGACGAGGAUGGGUCAAAGGACUUUGGAGAUUUGGGGGAGUGGACAGGGAUGACCUUAAAGCCCUCCCCAAUUUACAACAACAGCCCCUUCUCUUUGAAACCCCCGAUCAGUACUUUAGAUCAAAACUGCAAAGAUGUGGGUAUAAGGAACUCAUCAGACCUUAUUCUGUUUGACGCUCUGGCAUCACCAUCAUCCUGCACCAACUUUAACACAAGCACAAUAAAUGGAUUCAGCAGCUGCGAUGUUAACACAACCAACCCCACCAGCCCAAAGCAAGAGGUUGAACCUAAUCUCUCCAGGGAUAAUCCAUUUUUCAGGAGUAAACGGUCUCAUAGUCUUUCAGAACUGUCCGUUCUGCAGGCCCAAUCUAAUCCAACCUUACCGUCUUCGGGGUUCUUCAAGGGCCUUAGUGCUCCUUCACCAGAGCAGUUCCAGAGCAGGGAGGAUUUUAGGACUGCUUGGUUAAACCACAGAAAGCUAGCCCGGUCUUGUCAUGACCUUCACUCCUUGGGCCAGAGUCCCGGAUGGGGCCAGACACAGCCAGUGGAAACCAACAUAGUUUGCAGGUUGGACAGUAAUGGAGGGGUUGUUCAGCUUCCAGACACCCAUAUCAGUGUGCACAUCCCUGAGGGCCAUGUCAGCCAUGGAGACUACCAGCAGAUCUCCAUGAAAGCCUUACUGGACCCUCCACUGGGGCUUCACACUGACCACUGCUCCGCUGUGAGCCCUGUGGUGGAAAUAAAGCUAAGCAACAUGGAGACCAAAUCUUUCAUCACGCUGGAGAUGAUGGUAUCAGUAACUGUGAAGAAAGACGGUUGUCACACUGCUGAAGUGCUUUGUGUUCGCAGUGAUUGCAAAGAAGGGCCUUACACACCAAUCCCAAAUGCUUACAUUUACAAGGAUACAGUCCAGGUGCAGUUGGAUAGUCUAGAGCCUUGCAUGUAUUUGGCUGUUGUGGUUCAGUCACAGUACCUCAGCCACAAUAUGACUGUUUGGGACCAUGUUCAAAGGAAAGUAACUUUGGGCGUCUAUGGCCCCAAGCACAUCCACCCUUCCUUCAAGACAGUUUUGGCUAUGUUUGGGCAUGACUGCGCCCCCCAGUCCUUGUUGGUAAGCGAGGUGGGACGGCAGGCUACUUCGACUCCCCCAGUGGCCCUUCAGCUGUGGGGGAAGCAUCAGUUUGUGCUGGGGUACCCUCAGGACCUCCAGGUGGGAUUGUACUCCAACAUGUCAAACUACCAGGUGAAGGCGAUAGAAGGGGCUGGGAUGAUUCGUGGAUUUCAGGUCAAACUGGGAAAGGUCAGCAGGCUCCUGUACAUGAUAACAUCGCACAACCCCAACAGCAUCUCAGACUUCACUCUCAGGGUUCAAGUCAAGGAUGCCCUCGACUGUAUCAUCACCCAGUUCUGUGUCCAAACCCCACAGCCACCACCAAAUACUGGAUCGAGGACAACAGGCCAGAGAAGGUUCUUGAAAAAGAAAGAAGUGGAUAAGAUUGUCCUCUCACCGCUGGCCGUCACCUCCAAAUACCCAAAGUUUCAGGACCGGUGCAUUACCAACCUAAAAUUUGGGAAAUUGAUCAAAACAGUGAUCAGGCAGCACAAGAGCACCUAUUUGUUGGAGUACAGGAAGGGGGAUGUUAUUGCUUUGCUUAGUGAGGAGAAAAUCAAACUGCGAGGGCAGCUGCGGACCAAGGAGUGGUACAUUGGAUACUAUCAGGGGAAGAUGGGGCUUGUCCAUGCCAAGAACGUUCUGGUUCUGGGUAAGGUCAAGCCCAUUUAUUGGUGUGGGCCAGACCUAACAACCGCCAUGCUGCUGGAACAGAUCCUGAAGCCUUGCAAAUUUCUUACAUACAUUUACGCAACCGUGAGGACGGUUUUAAUGGAGAAUGUAGGAAACUGGAGAGCGUUUGCCGAUGCCCUGGGGUACGGGAAUUUGCCGUUGAAUUAUUUUUGCCGGACCGAGCUGGACAAUGAGCCGGAGAAGGUGGCGUCAGUUCUGGAGAAACUCAAAGAGGAGUGUACCAAUAUGGAGAGCAAGGAGAGGAAGUCCUUCCAGAGGGAACUCAUGAUGGCAUUGCUGAAGAUGGACUGCCAGGGUCUGGUUGCCAGGUUGGUCCUGGAUUUUGUCUUGUUGACCACCGCCGUGGAGGUGGCGUCCCGGUGGAGGGAGCUGGCCGAGAAACUGGCCCGCGUGUCAAGACAGCAGAUGGAGGCCUACGAGGCGCCACACUGCGACAGGAACGGGCUGCUGGACAGCGAGUCCAUGUGGAAGCCAGCCUACGACUUCCUCCUGACGUGGGCGGCCCACGUCGGGGACAGCUACCGUGACGUGAUCCAGGAGCUGCACCUCGGCCUGGACAAGAUGAGGAACCCCAUCACCAAGAGGUGGAAGCACCUGACCGGCACGCUCAUCCUCGUCAACUGCCUGGACAGCCUCCGCAGUGCCGCCUUCUGCCCCACCGGAUACGGAGACUUUGCCGUCUGAAGAGCUUUUCCUCUCUUUACAGAAGUGCGCAAGGACUUUUUUUGUGGCAGAAGUUUGCCUAGGCUCAGUGAUCGCUGGUCAGUGAUCGCUGGUGCAGAGAGUUUGGUUGACUCGAGUGGACAGUCUGAGGGACUGUACUUAGGACACACAUUUUGGGAUGGAUAUGAGAGAUUAAAUCAUAAAUCUCUAGGCUUUCCUCAGCCUUUCUUCUUUAGGUCCAUGCUGUACACGCUGGCCUCCUCGAGAGUCUUGGUUUGGUACCGAUGCAACGCUGAACACCAGAGGUAGAAACGCCAUUGGACGAAAUUCCGGCAUUGGAAAAGUCAAUGUGAAACUGAAGGAUCUGCCUCUUUCUGUUUUCUUUUUUUUUUAUGCCUCUUGUUAUAUUUGUUCUGCUUUAUUUCCCUUGUACUCCUCUUCAUCUCCUUUUCUACCUCACUCUUCCUCUUGAUCACUUCAUCUCUUCAGACAUCUUCCAUAUUUUGUCUUUAUCUCUCUACAUUUUCUCUUCCUGUCUCAGACUGUGUUAACAUUCUGUUGCUCUCAUUUUUUUUCUCCCCCUAUUUUGCUCCGGUUAAUUAAAAGUUUGCAUGAGUUGUGCUUUCUCAGGACAUCAGAGACCUCAACCACUGCAGUUCAGACGUGAACACUUACUGAAACUGACCGCUCACUUAAAGCAAUUUCCCCUCCAAUUUCUAAUUGGCAGUUACUAUUAGAAAUUAGCCUCUCACUGGCCCACUGGAUGUUUCAAAAUAUGUCGUCAAUCAAAACGAAAUCAGAAAUGGUUUCACACAUUUACACGUUAAGAACUUUUGACUUUUGCCAAAAACGGCGAGCUCGAUGCUAACUUUAAUACUUACGCAUGUCUCCUGAUGCAAGAUAUACUUCUAUUUUAAUACAGAUAAUGUAUCAUGAACAGUGUUUCUCUGGUUUUGCACUUCGUGGAAGUGAGAACUUCUGUUUACCAGAUUUAAAACAUAUAUUUUUUGAUUGGUCAAAGUUUACGAAAUUGACAACCACAUAACUUCCUUUUCAGCUAGAAAUCCCAACAAAAGGUGCCGUUAUAUAGCAUUAUUGUUGUAAGUUUGGAUUCAUUUUUUUUUUUUUUUUAAUCUUUUUGGCAAUGCAGAAUAAAUCAAAUUAUAUCUGUGUAUAUUUUAACCGGAUUAAUCAGAGGAUGUUCUGUGUUUCAUCAGCUGCAGUAAACCUGUGAACUUGGGGCUUCAGGACACCACAUUCUUAUUCUCAGUAUAGUCAUAAAUGAAGUUUUAAAAGUAGGUUCGGGGAACAACGACCACGGCUAUAGAUAUGAUUUUUUUUUCUUUUUUUUCUGAAAGCAGCAAUUAGGCGACUCUUUCCAUCGAGCUUGCGAGCUGAGACUGUUACAGUUCACCCCUGGUUCUCUACCGUCUCACACCAGCAUCUACUUUACACAUCAUCCAUCCGUCCACAACCCUCCCUCCAUCCCUCAAACCGUACCACCAUCCCCUCGUCCCUCAACCCUCCCUCCGGACCAUCAAUCCAUCCCUCCCACAUCAUAUUGUGCGAUAAAUUAUUCUGAAUCCAUAUCUUAUCUCUAUUCGUGUGGUCUUUUGUUCCCGAAAUCAGAUGGGAUUUUUGUUGAGAUGUGAAAACACACACAAUCAGAAAUGAUCUCGUUUUUUGUUCAAUUUGUAUUUAACGAAGCCCUUUUGUCUUUGAACUCGGCAUGAAUAAUCAAUCCGCUAUGAUGCUUUUGAUGUUUUUUUCAUUUUCUUUUUCUGUGGUUAUUUCAACCGUCCUCUCAGUGUUUCUCUUCUGUAUGUUUUGUGGCUGCUGCAGUGUCCCCGUAUCUGUUCGUAAUAUGUUUUUUUUAUAUAUUUGUACCAAACACUGACUGAAUAUUGAAACAUUCUUCGGUGACGUUGUAUCAACCGUGACAGGUCGCAGAUCUGAAAUCUGUUCAGUGUUUUUUGUUCAAUAAAACUGAAAAAUUGAUAACA